UAUGGUAUUUUUAUGAAGAAACCCGACGAAGAAAUGUACCGCUCUUUUAACAGUCUGUUACGUGCUUCAUACCAUCCCAAAUUUACUUCUCAGUUCAGAUUGGAAUGUUAAUAAACUGUAAAAGAGAAUCCACAGCUCGUCCGUACGGUCGUGUGCCGCGGAAGUCUAUAUUAUAUACAUACAUAUUUAACGCAUUAUAUGCAUACGUAUAUGCAUAUGUAUUUAUGUCGAUCAUAGUAUGUAUUUAUAUUUGCGGCAGUACUGUUUGUUCGUUCGGUUCGGUUGUUGCACAUAAAAGCCAAGUUUGGUAAAACACAAUAUUUACGUAAAGCUUUGUUUCACAUUCCUAAAAUUAAAUCCACCAAAAUAAAAAAUACUCUUGCUGAAAAAUCCUGGGGAGCAGAUAAAACUAUUCUCAAACAACGAACGAGGAACGAGAAACAUAUUAAGUUUUAAUGAGGCCGAAUUGAAAGGGAGAUGCAAGUGGAAGGUUUAUUGCAAAAGAACAUCCCGCUGACAAGUAGUUCCUGCAUACUAACACAUAACACGGCAAUAACAAUAAGGUGUUUACGGAUUCGGACAAUAUUUGAGGAGUGCCUUGAACAAAUUGUAAAGGACAUCAAAACAGUUGAGGCCGAAUAUUGGCUGGUACUGAACGCAUUCAUAACUAAACUCUCAGGCACGGAGAUGGCUUUAAAUGCGGAUGCUGACGAGAAUCUCGACGAAAAUAUCGCCAGAGAUAAUUCGAGUGAUAACAACAAUCCCGAUAGACAGCUAAACAGUAAUAAGCAAUCGGCUUCUGAUGCUGAUGCGAGAAUUGAUUGCAAGCGAAAAAAGUUAUCUCCUGUAAGCUAUAUCAGGAGAGAUAGCAACGGAUACGAAAGCAGGGCCAACGAUGCCGUUGGAAAGGAUGGAAACAAUGGGGAAGGGAAUGGGGAUGGGGCUGGGUCUGGGUCUGGGUCUGGGUCUGGGGAUGACGAGCAUAGAGAAAGCCACACAUGUCCUGACGGUUGUAAAAUAGCAACUAGCACAGAUGGACUGGAGCGAAGGAUAUGUGGUGUAUCUGCUCAGGAUCAGCUUAGACCCCUAGAUUCAGCAGCUACUCCAACGAAAGCCAACGAACAUGUGUCGGACUAUGGCCAGACGAAAUCGGUUGAGAGAGCUCUAAACGAUGAUGAAGAGGCCGAUUCCACAGAUCGGCUGGCACUGGGCCAGCUGUCGAGAACCGAACCAAUUGAUCAAUACGCGACAAAUGCAUAUAUUGCACCCGAGCAGGCGCUCGUAACUCGCGUAGAGCUAGUUGUGCCCGCCCAGGUGCCAUCCAUCCAUGCGCCUUCCGGAGCGCUUGACUCCAUGAUGUCGUCGGGUCAUUUAGAGUCACAUUUUAAUAGUGAGAUCCGUUUUAGUGCUAUGACUUCGCCGACAAGGGCGGAAACUGAUAAAAACAAUGGUUGUGAAAUAGACUCAUCCAACUUGAGUGUAAGGAUUCCUACUAAUUUAACAUUAACAACAACGGGUGAUAUUUUGACUAGUGAUCGGCGUGCAGCAAUAUGGGCACCACACGGUGAAUAUAAAGAUGCCCAAACACAUGACCCAGCCCAGCCUGGCACCGGGGAGGGCCACGAGCAGGAGCAUAAUCAGGCCAAUCCCAACCAGGAUCGCUUGCAUUUGAGCUGCGAUUCAGACAUCUAUCGCUCGCAGCAGCAGCAGCACUCUCUGGACCAAGAGCAAAGACAGUCGCAUCCCGCCGAACUUUUAUUACAAAUCGAGAAGGAGACAAACUCGUCAGCCGGAUUUGGCCAAAUGCUGCCGGUGGAAAAUCACAGUCAAAGGCAACAGAACUUUACUCAGCAGCAGCAGCAACCGUCGCAUAUUCAUAACAUGUACGGCCAAAUGAUGCACCAGCAGCAGCAUCAGCAACAGCAGCACCUUCUCCACCACAAUCUACAUCAAGAGAAUAUUCAUGAGCAUCAGCAGCAGCAGCCACAUCUUUAUCCCAAUUAUAUUCAUCAGCACUAUGCGCACGACCAACUGUUUGCCCUUCAUCAUACUCAGCCCCAGUGCCAACAACAGCUGCAUCUCCAAGAACAGCAGCAGCAGCAGCAGCAGCAGCUCCAAGAGCAACAUCAGCAGCAUCCACAACAGACUCAACUCCAUCAUCGACAUCACAUUGAAUGCCAUGGCCAUUUGCAGCAGCAACAGUCCAUUCAGCUGACGAGAGCGCAUCCUCAGCAGCAGCAGCAGCAGCAACUGCAGGAGCCCUACCAUGAUCUGAUGAUUGACGAGUUCCACGAGGAUCCCUGCUCAGCGUACAAGUUAACACUUUCGCCAAGCAAUGCAAAGCCGGAAAAUCAAGAUGAUGGCUACGAGACGAGCGCAGGAGAUGUUUUGACGCCCAACUCGCAUAGUUCGUCCACCCAUUCUGUGACACCCCAGCAUCAGAUGCAGCAUGGCGGCCUUGGACUUGUUGGGCAAAAUAAACACGAGGAUCUGAACUCCAACAAUAAUAAUCAAACGGCGGCAACCGCGUCCAGCAGCAGUCCGCAGGUACAAGUCUCAGGUGGGCAGAGUGCACUGGCCCCCGAUCUUUCCAUGCCGCAGAGCGUCAGUGCGAGGAGCUCGAAUAACGUUGAGGUUGCUCUGUCGAAUGAUCCCUAUAGUUUUAUGGCAGAAGAGAUGAGUAUUCUGUCGCCAGGAGGUCAGCAAGCGGUAGAUCUGCCAGGCACAUCUUCUAAUCCCUCUAGCUAUUCGCCUGUGCCAGUUACAGGAUCAGCUCCCAUUGCAGCGUCGUGCAGGGACAACAGCACCUACAGCAUAAAGGAUCAUCAGCAAUCGCUGACGGAGCCCUUGCUGGAAUCUCAUAGUGCAGAUACCAGAAUUGAAUCCCAAGAUGCCAACAACUCCAUCUGCGAUCUGAAUGCCAGGACAGGUUCGGUGCCCAAAAGAAGGGGCCGCAAAAAAAAGCUACUUGAUGCAGAUGCCAUGCAAAUGGUAGCUCCACAACAACAAUGCGGCGGCGGCAGGGAUGGCAGCGGCGGGUCCGAUGAUAUCCUAACCAUGAAGCCCAAGGAGCGCAAGAAGCACGAUCGAUUCAAUGGCAUGUCCGAGGCGGAAGUUAUAAAGCGCACAAUACCCGAUCAUCUUUGUGAUAAUCUUGAUAUUGUUAUAGUCGGCAUAAACCCUGGUCUGUUUGCUGCCUACAAGGGUCAUCAUUAUGCUGGACCCGGCAAUCACUUCUGGAAAUGCCUCUAUCUAUCCGGACUCACCCAAGAACAAUUGAGCGCAGAUGACGAUUACACGCUGGUUAAGCAGGGCAUCGGCUUCACCAACAUGGUUGCGCGUGCCACCAAAGGCUCGGCCGAUCUUACGCGAAAGGAAAUCAAAGAGGGUAGCCGCAUUUUGCUUGAAAAACUUCAACGGUUUCGACCCAAAGUUGCCGUUUUUAAUGGCAAACUAAUAUUCGAGGUUUUUUCUGGCAAAAAGGAGUUCCACUUCGGUCGGCAACCGGAUCGUGUCGACGGCACAAAUACUUAUAUCUGGGUGAUGCCUUCCUCAUCGGCAAGGUGCGCUCAGCUGCCUCGCGCUGCUGACAAAGUACCAUUUUAUGCGGCGCUGAAAAAAUUUCGAGACUUUCUCAAUGGACUAAUACCGGACAUGGACGAGUCGGAAUGCGUGUUCACGGAGCAGCGUAUACGACAAUGCUGCGAACAGGAAUCGCUCAAGAAUAUGCCUGCUGCCAAUGAUAUGAAGCAAUCUAGUCUCAUGUUUGGGAAUGACAAUGUCGGCGGCAGUGGCAGUAAUAUUGAUCCCGGCACCGAUUGUUCAAAUCAAGUUGUCGAUAAACUGCUGCCACACUUUAACGCAAAUCUCACCAAUGUGAUACCACGUGACGGUGGUGGAGGAGGAGGCGGGGGAGGAGGAGGGGGUGGAGGAUUUAUGUAUGGCAAUAAUGAUGAAGCCAUGAGAGGCAACAAUAUUGUGGGCGCAACAGCGGCGGCGGGGGGAUCUUUAGCAGAGCACAACUAUUUGUCCAUAUUUGGAGCAAGUCAACACCAGUCACAACAGCCGCUGCCCGAGAAAAAGAAACGCGGCCGUCCCAAAAAAAUCAAAGGACAAGAGUUGAUCGAUCCAACAAACGGCGGCAAGGUCCAACUAACGACUCAGCAUGACUUUAAUAAUAUACUGAAUCUGUCCAUGAUUGCGGCAGCUGGUGGCGGCGCCGGCAACUGCAGCAUGCCCACUGGCAGCAGCGAGAUGCCCACCAAAAAGAAGAGGGGUAGGCCCAAGAAGCUAAAGCCCACACUCGAGAAUAUACUCACCACAGCAGCAACAGCUGCAAAGCAGCCGAAUUCAGGUGCGAAUCCGCAGUCGGCGACAGUCACAUCGAUUGGCGGCGGGCCGACAGCCAACAGCAUGCACACGAUUCCCAUGGAGCAUAUCGCGUCGCCGCAGAGCAGCCAUCAAGUGCCGCCCAGCCUCUACAAUACGCCGCCGCCGUCUCACAUCUUGUACACAGCAUCGGCAUCGCCUAUGGCAUCGCCGGCCCUCAAUUGCAGCUAUUCACAUUCGCAUGGUACACCGCCGGUAGUGGGCCAGGUGGAUCAUCAACAGCAGCAGCAGCAGCAGCAGCAGCAUCAUUUGCAGCAAAUUACGGAUCAUAUGCCGGGCAACCAUCAGAGCCAAGUCGUCGUCGGUAUUAGAGAUCAGCCGCAUUUGGGCGAAACUCCACCGCCAAGUUCACCAAAUAUGUGCAGCGUUGUUGAUUUUGAGCCGCCGACGGAUCGUACUGAUGGACAGGACACAAAUCUUGUUGUUAUGUCGCAGCAAGGCCGGGUGCUAGAUAAAUCGCAAUCAUACCCUAGCUCAGUUGCACAGCGCGAAGCGGAACCACAUUCGCAUGUCCAGGCGCAUUAUCAGCAAUGGCUAUCACCAGGCCAGAAUCAACAGCAACAACAACAACAAUCCGCCCAAAAGGUUAACCAGCAAACACUUCAAUCUCAGUCCUCGCCCGUCGCCGUCUCGCAUUAUCCGCAACCGAACUAUGAGCCAGAUAAUCCCGAGCAUUGGCAUCGUUUCGAAGAGCACAGCAAUCAGAGCAGCAGACCCUAUAUGCUGCCGUCUCCGCAUCAGCAUAACCAGCAUAACCCACAGUCUGGCCAAAUUCAGGCGCAAGUCGCCUCCGAUAUGUCCCGCAAGAGUCUGUCGGGUCUCGAGUCUUUGGUCGAUCAAAUACCAACAAUAAGUGAACACGAAUCAAGUGCAAUAUCCUCGGCAACGGCAGCUGCAGCUGCCGCCGCUGUUGAAAGCCGCUUACUCGGCCUGCAGCAGCAGCAGCAGCAGCAGCAGCAGCAGCAGCAGCAGCAAAAGCGCUGUCAUCAGGAAAACGAAGUUCAUCCGGAAGCCGCAACGAACAACAAUGUGAUUAGCAAUUUCUCUGUUAGCAGCCUGGCAGCUUCAGCGGCAACGACGAAUACAGAGACCCAUUUGGCGCAGCCUGCCAGUAAUACCAGCAGGCCCGACAGUGGGCAGAGUAUCAACAAUAACACCAACACAAAUAACAACUGCGAUUAUCUGAACCAUAGCCAAGUCGGGUAUCCGCAUCAUGCGAGCCAUUUGAUCAGCAGCGCGUUGGCGACAGCAACUGCCGGCAAUGCACAGGUGUUGACAACGGCCCAGCAUCAUAUUCCGCCGCCGCAUCCACAUGCUCAUCCGCAUACGCAUCCGCAAAUGUACAUGGAUCACGCGCACAUCACAUCGCAUAUGGCUCACCUGCCGACGGUCAAUGUUAACUCAAUGUACGGCCCACCUUAUGGGCCGCAGCAUGGCACCUCGGCGCCGGAUUAUGGGCAUGGUCACUAUGGCGUUCAAAAUCCGGCAACGACACUGCACGUGCCAAGCCCCAAUUAUCCGUAUGCACAUCCGUAUGGCCAUACUCCACCACAGAGCAAUUACACGGGCUUCGCUCAUGCCCAUCCCCAUCCACAUGCCCAUCCGCACCCGCAUCAUCAUCAUCAUGCAGGCCAUGCAGCGCACCAUUUGAGCGUCUUCGAGCGACUCAAGCCGUCCGACAUAAGCGGCUACAGCGGCUUCUGAUGGCAGCAGCAGCAGCAGCAGGAGUAACAACAACCAGAACAACAACAAAUACGAUACGAAGCCGGCGGCGGGUGCGCUCUCUUUCGCCCAGAAAUCUCCGGCUAGGCCGUUUAUACUUAUAUAGUUUAAGUAAAUUUUACAAUUAAAUAAGAUAACCAAAGACUCCGCCUAAUAAAUUUCUUUUGUAAGCAUCAACGGACAAUUAAUAUUACUUAGAUCUGUGUAUAUGUAUUAUCAUAGUAUACAUACAUAAUUGUCUACAUCUCUCUCUUUAUCUUUGUGGGUAUGAUAUAACGUAUAUCUAUUGCUUACUGAGAUACACAGUGUAUUACUUUAGAGUAAAUACCAUAAUUCGUUUUAUCAAAAUAGACUUAUAAAUGUUAAGGCUAAUCACAAAAAACUCUCCAAUAUGUGUACUAUAAGUUUUGCAUUCGA